GUUUUGCAUGCAGUCAAUACUGUAAUAAAAAAUCUUUUUGUAUAAAUGGAAUCACAAAGUUUGUAAAUUUGGCAGUUUUAUUUAAAAAGGAAAAAUGAAGAUUACUCUUAGUCUUAUACUUCUCGUUGUUUGCACCUUAGCCAAAGGCUUGGCCUUACCGCAAGAACUUCUUGACGCGACAGGGGAGGUAUUUAGUCCUCGAAAAGACGAAAAUAUACUCGGACUAAAAGCUACAAGAGAACAACUAGGAGAAGAAAAAUAUAAAAAAGUACUUGACUUGUUGAGAGCAUAUCUUAACGGACUGAAGGACUUACCGAAGAUAGAUUUUGGUAACCUAUCUGAAAUGGGCAAGUUGGAGAAAGCUCUAGGGAAUAAAGACGUUAAACAUGUAAUAAUGCUACUAAAGGACUUUAUUGUCGGAGUGCAAGAAUUACAAGGAAAUGCAGGAGAAAUUGCAACACCUACUGUUGGUGGAAAUCCAGCAACUGAUUCUAAAUCAACUUAACCGAAAUAAUUUUUAUAAAGCCAAACCUAUAAUAAGUAAAAUGUUAACUUUGUCUUGGUUCUUACUGAUUCUUAUAACUCUUACACAAGAAACAUCUAAGUGAUUA